CCACCAUUGUUGUUGGAAUGUUCAAUGACAUCAAACCCCAUUUUCCUAUGAUAACACCCCUGUUAAUUGAGCCUGCUUACUCUGCUUUGGGAGAGAGAGAUCCGUGCUUAUGGAGCUUCAAGGAAUUGUCAAAGCUUUCCCUAAACGGAAGAAAAUCACAGAUGGUUCACAGAAGGCAGGCCCUGCAAAAGUCUUGAAAGGAGAAGAAAUCAGAAAUGUUAAUUCAGGGUGGUUGGAGCCUGUCACAGCAUAUGUAGUGCAAGCAGGAAUGGGCCAGGCCAGGGCUGAGAUCUUCCGCAAGCAGAUCGUUCAUAAUGGGGGUCAUGUUUGCAGCCAUCUUUCAUCAGAUGUAACUCAUGUUAUAUUAGAUGAAGGCAUGGAUUGCGACAGGGCCUUCCGACUCCUCAAACUAGCCAAGUUACCUCCCGGACUGCAACUGGUGAAGGCUUCCUGGCUGAGUUCAUGUGUUGCUGAGCAGAAGAUGUUGAGCACGACUGGCUAUAGUCUCUUCAUCCCAGACAGGUAUCUGGAUGUGGCAGACCUUUCGAAGAGGCAACCACAGGUUCUGGAUGAGGAGAAGAUCCAGCCCCAAAUGGUUUGUGCAGUCCUGGAACUAAAGGCUGAACCACAGACGGAGCUCACCUCUUCUUGCAGUGCAGCCAAUUCCACAGGACAGUGGGGAGCUGAAAGGAGGGCCUCCGUUGAUGAGGGAAGUGAGGGGGAAGACCCUGACAUCACUCAAGGAGAGCUGGAGGCAUUGAGGUCAGGCCGAGACCUGAAGGUUUCUUCUGGAGACUCUUCAGUAGGACUUCCCUCUGGCAAGUGGGUUUGUGCUCAGUCUUCUGAACAUAAGAAGACUAAUCAGAAUCAAUGCAUUACAGAGAAGCUGGAGGCACUGGCAAAAGCCUACUCAGUCCAGGGGGACAAAUGGCGAGCUCUGGGUUACUCCAAAGCCAUUAAUGCACUCAAGAGCUACCCCAAGCCAGUCUCUUCCUACCAGGAAGCCUGUCAGAUCCCUGGGAUUGGGAAGCAGAUGGCAGAGAAGAUCGUGGAGAUUCUGGAAAGUGGGCACUUACGCAAGCUGGAUCACAUAAAUGAGAGCGUGUCAGUACUGGAAAUAUUUUCCAACAUCUGGGGAGCAGGAGUCAAGACGGCUCAGCUUUGGUACCAGUGGGGUUUUCGCAGUCUGGAUGACAUUCGCACGAAGGCCUCUCUCACUAGCCAACAAGCCAUUGGCUUGAAGCACUACAAUGACUUUUUGGGACGCAUGACACGGGAAGAAGCUGCAGAAAUUGAGCAGACUGUCAGAGAAACUGCCCAGUCUGUCGUGCCUGGACUGGUGUGCAUGGCCUGUGGCUCAUUCCGACGGGGCAAGCCCACCUGUGGCGAUGUGGAUGUGUUAGUGACCCACCCAGAUGGGCACUCUCAUCAAGGAGUAUUCAACAAGCUGCUUGACAGUCUCCGGAGAACUGGGUUUCUCACAGAUGACUUGGUGAGUCAAGAGGACAAUGGCAACCAGAAGAAGUACCUGGGAGUCUGCCGUCUUCCAGGCCCAGGCCGUUGCCACCGACGUCUUGACAUCAUUGUGGUGCCCUACAGUGAGUUUGCUUGUGCCCUGCUGUACUUCACAGGAUCGGCCCACUUCAACCGCUCCAUGCGGGCCCUGGCCAAGACGAGGGGCAUGAGUCUGUCUGAGCACGGCCUCAGCCGUGGCGUGGUGCGAGGACCUGGUGGCCUCAAAGUAGCGCCUGGCGUUAUUCUGCCUACUCUCACUGAGAAGGACGUGUUCGUGCAUUUGGGACUGCCUUACCGGAAACCACACGAGAGGGACUGGUGAUGGAAGGAAGUGGGGGGCUUCCUCAUCUGUUCUCUGCAAAUUCUUAUAUGUGCUGAAGCCAAACAAUGGACCCUUCUCUGGGAAAAGUCCAGGGUUCUGAGUGUAUUUAACUAGCUUUGAUAGAUUGUACUGAGGGAGGUCACUAAUGUCAGUCUCAUAGACUGGUAUGCAAAUGAAUGAAACAAAGAUUGCAAAGUAUUUUGCACACUUGACAACGCUAUUUAAAGGGUCUAGUAGGAAAAAGGGAGGAGCACAUAGAUUUUAAAUAAUAUAUUAGCAGAAGUGUUGUCGUUAUUGUGAAGGCUGCUAGGAUCUCCUACUAAGAGAGCUUUCCUUUUGAAGCAUGCUCCCCUUAGGACUUGUUGUCAACAUAUUUCCUUCUUUUUUUUAGCUGGAGACUAUAUUCUGCCACAAUCAAAUGGAGUUUUAAAGAACUCCGACAACUGAAGACUGGCCAGAUGGUAAUAUUGUUCCACUAUUGGUGUAGAUACGUUCAUUUGCAUAAUAUUUACUGGCCAUAGAAACUGAUAUCAUACUAGGAUUUGGAACAGUUUUAUCACUACCUCCAUGAGGAGGGUAAAAACAGAUUGCUGUAUGGAGUGAAAACACUCCAUACACUCUGCAACUGGGCAGAUCAAGUCAAAGUAAUUAGGAAGAUGCUUUCUUAGUGCUAAGAAGAAUUAGCAGUGGGAGAUGUUGGGAGAUUCUGCUUCUCUGGCUUUUAAAAGGAGGCUGGAUGAGCAUCCUUCAGGAAUGCUUUAGAAUAGGCUAAAAGAGAAGCAUUCUGUGCUCAGGUGAACAAUAUUCUACACAAUAUUAUAAUUGUUUAAAUUAGCACCCCCAGCCUGGAUUGCCCAGACUAGCCCAGUCUCAGCAUAUCUUGGAAGGUGAACAGGUUUGGCCGUGGUUUUUACUUGGAUAGGAAAUCACCAAGAAAGUCCAGGGCUGCAAUGCAGAGACAGGCCAUGGCAAAUCACCUCUGAACAUCCCUUGCCUUGAAAACCCUAUUCAGGUCCCUGAAGUCAGCUGUGACUUGAUGGCACUUUCUAACUCUGAUUAAAUUAGCAGGGCUCAGCUUCAUACCCUGAACCACCAGAAAUGCUGCUCAGACAUGUCCUUGCACUACUGAGAAUGUCCUAUGUUAUGGACAUAUGUUUGGAUUCACUAGAUAACCCUUGUAGUAUCUCCCAGUUCCGGCUUUCUGGGGACUGUCCUUUGAUCAUUGAGAGUGCUACACUGGUUGCCUCUUGUAUCUGGGCAUUUUAAGGAUUGUUCCAAUGCUUUCCUCUACAAACAUGAGAAAUAGUUGUUGUUGUUUUUUAAAAAAGCAAUGAGAACUGGAAUUCUGAGGGGUGGGGGGUGAGGGAUACAACUCUCUGAUUCCUGAUCAAAAGCUGGAGAAAGUGACAGUGAGCUCUGUCUUCUUCUCCCACAACAAGCUCUUGGUGUCACCCAUGGUUAGAAGUAGCUUCAGGGCAGACAAAAAAAGUAUGUCUUCACGCAAUAUGUGUCAUUAAUCUAUGCAAUUUGCUAUCAUAAGAUCUACGGAUGGCCCCUGACUUUUAAAGGUGAGAGGGAAUUGGAUUUGUGGAGGGUCAGUCUUGCAAUGUGAUGGCUAAAUGGAGGGCAAUUGCCUUCUGGUCCUGUGUGUGGCCUUCCCAGGGCAAUCAGGUGGGCCACUAGUGAGAAAAAGGGUAGGCAGAACCUCGAUCCAGUGGAGCUGUUCUUAUAUUCUUAAGUCUCUAGGCUUCCCUGAAUGUGUCAUAACUCUCCAGUGUAUCACUAGUGAUCCUUUAUACUAACUAUAGUUGGAAACAAAUAGUGCUAUGGGUUCUGAAAAGCAAUAAAAAAUCUCUUUCCAUGU